GUGUAUUCUGCAAUUCCAUUGGCACCUCCUGGCACGAGACCUCCUGGAAUGCGGCCUGGGAUACCUGGUGGCAUUACAAAGAGGGAGUAAUCGGAGGUCCAAGUCACUGGGGACAAACUGCGUACAUGACCUAUGCAGACGAUGUCUGGCCAGCUUGUCACAAGGGAAGACUUCAGUCACCAAUCAGCAUAUCCUCGUCCAAUUUAACUUAUGAUCCUAGUUUGCAGCCACUAGUCAUUGUUGGAAAGGAUAAACAGAUUGAUUUAGAAAUCUCCAACGCUGGCCAAGACUUGCGAAUAGAUUUGCUUGAUGCUUCGCCACAAAUUCUCCUGACCGGUGGUCCUUUAUCUUAUGAGUACAGAGUUUUUGGCGCUCUGAUAAAAUUUGGCUCAAAAUCGCAACAUGGGUCUGAUCACCAGGUCGACGGUGUCCCCUUUCCUGCAGAGGUAGGUCGAAUUGUGCAGUGCACCCUGAAUCAAGAGGCUUUCAACUAUCUGACUAUAUUUUUUGAAACUUUUCAUACAUGCAUACAAAAAAUUUGUACACCUCUGUGCAUUGGAUGUAUGCAGUUGUACGCUUACAAUUACCUACUAUAUGCGAAUGUUUCAAUGGCUGUUCCGAGACCACAUGGACUAGCAGCAAUUGCAGUGUUUUUGAAAGUUGGUGAGCACCCUUCUGCGGAUCUAUCGGCUCUCCUUGCCACGGCCGAGGAAGUUCAGCUACGGGGUCAAUCUAGACGGCUAAAUGGAUUACUGAUAUCUGCCCUGCUGCCUUCAACGAAGCAGUACAUGACCUAUGAGGGCUCAAUUCCGUUUCCCGCUUGCCACGAAACGGUGACAUGGAUAGUUCUCAACCAAGCCAUGAUAAUAACGGAGACGCAAUGUGAAGUGAAAUCAUAUUUCGCCGCAUGGCUUGCCUGGACAAUGCUGUCCACUAGGUUUUAUGUUCAUCAUAUUACAAGCACACAGAUUCCGACAAGAUCUACAGCUUCUACGCCCAACCGAUCCUCGAUUUCUAUCCUGUCUUUCGGCUCGCUGGAUGUACAUCACCCGAAAAUGGGCCAUACAUGCACAGUGCGGAAUGGUUCAUUUCGGU